AUGCUGCAAGAAGCCUUACUCCACCAGGGAGAGAUAUGCAGAGAGUUCUUGUCUCAGUUUAAGUAUUGCAAUAGCAAUUUGGUAAACAUCCAUUUUAUUCUCCUCGAUCCAGGAAUAAAAUGUGCUGACCAAGAUUGGGGCCCUUCUGACCGAGCAGCUGAACAAAGCUAUUUUCUUGAAGAGGAGUUCCAUUAUUUGGACGUUACUCAGAUCAGAAAGUUGGCGAUAUUCGACAUGUUUCAUUGCGCCCUGGCAUGCCUCCGAAAUAAUUUGUGCCUCUCUUUAAACAUGGCCACCUCUCAUGGAACAGACGGAAAACUUUGGUGCGAAUUACUGUCUUCUGAUAAAAAAAGAAACGCUGAGAACUACCACAAAAACACGAGUUCGCAUCAUUUUUUCAUUGUGCGGGUAAGAACACUUUAACCAUUGUGUUAUAAUUCUAACGCAAGGUAUUUACAAGUGAAUACAUAUAAAAGUACUCGCUCUCGACGAGGUAUGCUUUUUCACAGCUAUCGCAAGUACUGUUCAAGCAUUUACUGGGUGGUCUCAACAGUCAUUUCCUCUCUUUCAGUCUCCUUGUUCUUCAUCGCCGUGUCAAAACGGAGGAACCUGCAUCCCGAAUUUCAGCUCCAACACUAUUGACUGUCUUUGUAAAGAAAGUUUCGUUGGAGAAUUUUGCGAAAAAGGUAAUUCACGAAUAUGUUUGAAAUAUCCCACUGUCUCCCUCUUCCGUACUUUUUUAACAAUAGAAUACAUGCGGCUCUAACAUCACACUCUAUCUUUCAGCUGUAAAAUCAUGCAAGGACAUAUAUGAGGCAAACAAGUAAGAGGCUUUCACUGCUUGCUCUUUUAAACAGAUCCUUUCUAAAAUCUUAUCUUCUGUGACACUGGAGACGCAGAGUUGGCCAGUUUGCUUCAGCCACGUUGGAUCUUAAAACAGAGUUCGGCGACACAUCAGUCAGGAAGUUUAAUAAGUACAAAUGAUAAAGCUUGGCAUCAUAAGAGAGUCAAAUACUUAUGUAACUAUUCCACUUGUAUAUUAACAGAUCAAACAUGAGUAAAUUGGUUUCUCUUCAUCUGGGCUCACAGCCAGCUACAGUUCUAUGUCACAUGGGAGAUUUUGGAUGUGGACAUGGAGGAUGGACGCCAGUCAUGAAAAUUAACGGCAACAAGGUACCAUGCAAAAUCUAUUUUUUAUCGAUUGCGUGCCAUUAUCGACCACUUGAGAGAUAUUUCUCCACAGGUGCUGACUGACUUAUUGACAACGAGGGCGACUUCCGCUCUCUGUUCAUGUCUCCGGCUGACAUCUCUUUGACUGAGGGGACAGAUAGUAUAUGUCAAACGGGUUGAGGGGAGGGAUCGUCUCAAAUUGUCUAAAAAUGAGCAGGAUAAUACGGUGCAUAAUUAGAAAACCAGUAAUAAAUUUAUAUCAUAUUAUAAAUUAUUCUCCCAGCGUACCUUUCACUAUGAUUCUGGUUACUGGAGCAAUAAAACUGAAUACAACACUGCUGGAGGGGAGACUGGAUUCGACUCACAAGAGACCAAGUUGCCUACUUACUGGGGCACAUCCUUCUCCAAGAUCUGUCUCGGUAUGAAGAUCGGUGGACAGAUCAGAUUCAUUGUAAUCAAUAUGAAGGCCAGCUCUCUUUACUCAUUGAUCGCUGACGGAAAAUACCGAACCACCUCGUUGGGUCGUGACUCGUGGAAAACACUCAUUGGCUCAGAGGCUUCCCUGCAGUCUGACUGUAACAAGGAAGGAUUUAAUGUUCUGUGUAACAAGUCUCAUCACUCCAAAGCGAGAAUCGGCAUCGCUUCUAACAACCAGGAUGACUGUCUCUCUUGCGACUCCAGGAUUGGGUUUGGUACAGGAGGGCAAUUUGAUGACAGUAACACAUGUGGAAACGAGGCUUCUUGUUAUUCACCGGAUAAUGGGGCUAAACACAUUAAAGCCAGGGGUUACAUUUUGGUUCAUUGAAACCAAAGAAAAAU